UUAAGACCUCACUGGCUGGAGUGUCAACACUGCUGCUAGAGGGAAGUCAGUGAGCGCAUGAGAAACAGAGACACACAGAAACGGAGAGAGGGAGCAAGAGAGAGAGAGAGACUGUAUUUCCAGUGAAAGUGUGUGUAUAAGAGAAAAACAGAGAUUGGUAGAGACACAGAGAAAGAGUUAUAGGGAGACACAGACCAACUAAAGAAAGAAAGAGGAAGCUGACAGGGAUCGUUGCUCCUCAGAGUAUGGUGUCAAAGAGCACAUGGAUUUAGUAGAGCUGUACCUCCCUGAGUGUUUCACCUAUCACCCUGACACUGAUAUCCUGGGCAGGAUGUCGGUGAGGGGCUUGGACACCUCCUGUCCCCCCAUAAAGCGCGAGCCCUCCAGCCCCAGCCCCAGCUUCCAGGGGGACAGCCCAUCUCAACCCAGCCCUGAGGGCUCCUCCUCAGACACCAACUCCAGCUUUGGUCUCCUGGGCAAGAGUCACAAACACACCAACGGCUUGGACUCACCAGGGCUCUACGGACACACUGCGGGCAUGGGGAACAAUGGAACAGCCAACAGGCGGUUUGGUGGCGAGGAUGGCCAGGUGAAGUGUGAGUUCUUGCUGGAUUCUGUGGCUAAGAGGCUGUGUCUGGUGUGUGGAGAUGUGGGGUCAGGGUACCACUACGGAGUGGCCUCCUGUGAGGCCUGCAAGGCUUUCUUCAAGAGGACCAUCCAGGGUAACAUCGAGUACAGCUGCCCGGCCACCAGUGAGUGUGAGAUCACCAAGCGGAGGAGGAAGUCGUGUCAGGCCUGUCGCUUCAUGAAGUGUCUCAACGUUGGAAUGAUGAGAGAAGGUGUGCGUCUGGACCGGGUCCGUGGGGGCAGACAGAAGUACAAGAGAAGGAUAGACUCUGAGAACAGCCCCUACCUCAACCCUCAACACGGCCUGCCACAGAAGAGAACAUUUCCUCUAGGUGGUCUGGUAGAGAAUAAGGUGGUCUCUCUCCUGCUGGUGGCUGAACCAGAGAGUAUCUUUGCCAUGCCGGACCCCACCGUCCCCGACAGUGACAUCAAAGCCCUGACCACACUUUGUGACCUUGCCGACCGUGAACUGGUGGUCAACAUCGGCUGGGCCAAACACAUCCCAGGUUUCUCCUUGCUCUCGCUGGCAGACCAGAUGAGUCUACUGCAGAGUGGAUGGAUGGAGAUUCUGAUCCUGCGUGUGGUGUUUCGCUCGCUGGCCCUAGAGGAUAAGCUGGUGUAUGCUGAGGACUACAUCAUGGACGAGGAGCAGUCCAAACUAGCAGGUGUACUGGACCUAAACAACACCAUACUGCAGCUGGUGAAGAAAUACAAAACCAUGAGGAUUGACAAGGAGGAGUUUGUUGUCCUCAAGGCAAUCUCACUGGCUAACUCGGACUCCAUGCAGAUAGAGGACGUGGAGGCAGUCCAGAGUCUCCAGGAUGUGCUCCAUGGGGCCCUGCAGGACUACGAGAGUGCCCAGCACACGGAGGACCCUCGGCGGGCAGGCAAGCUCAUCAUGACCCUGCCCCUGCUCCGGCAGACAGCCGCCAGGGCUGUGCAGCACUUCUGCAGCAUCAAGCAGGAAGGCCGUGUGCCCAUGCACAAACUGUUCCUGGAACUGCUGGAGGCCAGGGCCUGACCAGCCACGUGGGACUAGGAUCACAUAGAGCAAGGAUAGGGUAGUGAUGUCAUAAAGGUCAAGAUUAAUGCAGGAAGUGGUAUUGUGCUGGAAGAACAGAGUGAACAGCAAUGAGUGGACCUGAACGGAGACAAAAUGGCUCCUCUGUGAAGUUCCAGAUGCUCUUCUAUUAAUAAGUAAUUGUUGUCCAAUCCUUCUUUAUGCCAUUCUGGGACUGUUGUGAGUUUGACAAGGCUAACACAGCCCUGCUCGCCAUUACAAACUCAGGAGGAGAGGAGGAAGGACUGACAUCACCUUAGUGACAGGGAUAACUGCCUUAUGAGGGAUUUUGAUGGCAGUUCUUAAUAUAAACCUAAACAGUGCUAGUGAAAUGAAGAAAGACACCCAAAACUUGAAGAUCCUCUAGGAUUAUUAUUUGUGUGAAACCAGCUCUAAGCCUGUUCAUCUUGCAUUUUAGUGCUUGAAUAACUUUUCUUUUUUAUAUCAAAUGAACUGUGGACAGGCUUGCCAAAGAACGGUGUGACACACUUAGUCAAAGGAUGCAGCAAGCGGUCACAAUAACGUAUGUAAGGCACUCACCUAUAAUAAGUUAGGGAACUUGAUUUUAUUAAGUCACUGUAACUCUUUAAAAAAAAAAAACUUUAUUUAACUAGGCAAGUCAGAUAAGAACAAAUUCUUAUUUUUGAUGACCGCCUAGGAACAGUGGGUUAACUGCCUUGUUCAGGGGAAGAAUUACAGAUUUUUACGUUGUCAGCUCGGGGAUUUGAUCUUGCAACCUUUUGAUUACUUGUCCAACACCCUAACCACUAGUCCACCUGCCGCCCCAAUGAUUAUGAAGGUGAGGGGAGAUAUUGAAAAAAGGCCUAUAUUCAAUCAGCUCAAGAGUUAACCGCGAAAGCAGACACCCGCAUAGCGGAUGUUUUGGUGGAGUCGGAGGUGGAACUCUCAAAUCGGUGAGCCGCUGCUCUUCAGAUCAUUGUCACGAAGCCACACCCACUGGCGUUAGAAGUUCAGAAAGAAAACGUGUCGAAAGCUAUAUAGAAAUAAUGAUGCUCGAAUGUAAAAAUCAUUAAACUAAAUAAUGAGGGUUUCUAUCAUCCUAAUGGAGGUAUAGAUUACAUCUCACAUUCCAGUGUUGAACUUGUAAUGAAGGCUGCAUGGCUUUUCAGAUAAUGUGACUCGGUGCAGCCAAUGGCAGUGUCCGAUUUACGUAUAAUGCCCGGAGCCACUUGUGGAUUUGACAGCUCUUAGCGCAGUUCCAUCUCCAACACCAUCAAAACAGCCGCUACGCAGAUGUCAGCUAAAGCAGAUCUGAUUGAAUAGAGCCCUAAAAAUGUAUUUAUUGUUGGCUUGAUUAUUUUGUUUUUUCGUUUUUUAUUUACCAGUGUGGCAUUAACGAAGAAUAUUAAAGGAAUAAAUACAGAUCAUUUUCUAAAGAUGAAGUCUUUUGUUUUAAUAGGUAAAUACAACGUUUUGUACUAGCUUCACUACUUCACUCAUGGCACUGAUACCUGUACUAUACCAUAGCAUCUAAGGCCAUAUAAUAACGUGAUGUACAGUACUUGAUGACAUUGAACCAUGCAUUGAGUUGUAGAUUACACACUGUGCAAAGCACCUUUCUUUCUUAUGAUGAACAUCUGGUGGUGGUAUUUCAAACGUGUCUCUGUGUUUCCGUUUCAGAAAGUAGAAAUCUUGGGAAAUCACAAAUGGUCAAAUUAAUGGAAACUAAAUCGCUAGGAAUGUGAAAACAGCUUUUAAACUCCCCGUACAUUACGGACAACUGUAUUUUUAUUUGCUCCAACUGUGCGGAAUAAUCUGUAUAUUUUUGUGACAAAGUAUAUCAUAAAGUGUGAUCCAGCAAUACUGUGUGAAGGGGGUGUAAAUGUAUGUAUUCUGUAUAUAAAGUUCAGCGCCAACUGAGUUGUAACCCAUGUUCAGAUGAGAUGUACACUACUACUACCAUUCUCAGGACGAUUCUAGGGCAAUAAAGAUGCUUCCAGUUCCAGAAA